AUUUGUGCCGUGCGUGUGAGAGAAAGAAGAAAAGUGGGGGUUAGAGAAGUGCGGUCGCCCGCUUCCUGCUUUGAAAUGAUGUGUGCACAGAACAGAGAAGAGAAACUUCCUUGACUGUAGAGCCCUUGUAUUCUGACAGCGCGGAGAAGCACGUCUUUUUUCUCUUUUUCAAAUGCCGUGCACAUUUUACCCGUAAUCCAGCGGCUGAUCUAUCAGAGGAACCAUGAGCCGUGGAUCGAAGAAUAAGAUGGACAGCGCCCGCAGCUGUCUGCUGAGCCUGCAGGAGCACGAGAAGCUGGAGGAUCUGCUGGGCAGAAGGUGUGCUUCCAUGGCCACUGCAAUCGCCCAGUUGUUUAUGGCUCUGCCUCACAGUCCGUCCACGUGGAGCUUGCAGCACACAGGAGUGGUGUGCUUCAUCAAAGACAACCUUCAGCGCUCCUACUACAUACGGAUGUUUGAUUUGAAGGCAGGGAGGCUGGUUUGGGAGCAGGAGCUCUACAACCAAAUAGUUUACUCCUCGUCACGGUCCUACUUUCAUACCUUCGAUGCAGAUGACUGUCAAGUGGGACUGAACUUUGCAAAGGAACAGGAAGCAGACGCCUUCAAAACUGCUGUGGAGGGAAAGAUCUGCCAAAGAAAUAGCCGUCACGACAAGAAACAGCGCCCCCCGCCACCAAGUGACCGAGGUUCUCUACCUCGACUGCCACCUGACAAAGCAUCAUCCGGUAGCCCUGGAUCUCAUCGCAUGGCCAUGGUGGACAUUCAGAACCCGGACAUCCAGUCUUCACGUUACCGCUCGAUGCCUACGCCUGCCGCCUGCUCAGCUCUGAGCAGCAAAGACAAGAAGAAGGACAAGAAGGACAAGAAAAAGGGCUCCAAACUCUCCAAAGCAGACAUAGGAGCUCCCAGUGGAUUCAAGCACGUCUCUCAUGUUGGGUGGGAUCCCAACAAUCUGGACCCUGACCUGUCGAAGCUGCUCUCCGAGGCUGGGAUCAGCGAGGCUGAGAUGAGGGAUGAAAAGACGUCUGAGCUCAUCUUCAACGUCAUCGAGCAGUCCGGAGGCUUGGAGGCCGUCAAGAGGGAGGUGAACAAAAGAGGGUCUGCUCCUCCACCUCCUCCACCCAAUAGAGGGUCCCUGCCUCCUGUGCCGAGCUUCGGUUCCUCUGCCCCGGCCCCUCCACCUCAUCGAGGCCGCUCUGGCCCCCUGCCUCCCCUCCCUGGCCAGCCACAGCGAGGGCCCGCUCAGCCAGCUCCAGAACGUGGAGGCAUGCCACCCCCGCUCCCUCAGACAGGCAGAGGCGGCCCUCCACCACCGCCGCCACCUGCACACUCUCGGUUCCCUGCACCACCCUCCUCAGAUGUCUCUCACGUCUCAAUGUCUUCCCACAACCUGCCUCCUCCCCUGCCGUCGUCUGGCCAACAGCGCUCCACAGGUCCACCACCUCCUCCUGUCCCAUCUGCACCCGGCAGAGGAGGAGGAGGGCCUCCACCUCCUCCUCCGCCUCCUCCGCCUCCUCCUCAGGCCUCUGCAGAUUUCACACCACCUUCUCCUGUCUCCGGUGGCCCAGCACCACCUCCCCCGGCAUCGUCUAAAGGAGGAGACGGCCGAGGAAAUCUGCUGGAUCAGAUCCGACUGGGGAAGAAGCUCAGAAAUGUGACAGAGAGCCCUGAUCCUGGUACACCUUCAUCUCCUGCAUCCGGUGAGGGCAUCGUUGGCGCUCUCAUGAUGGUCAUGCAGAAGAGGAGUAAAGUCAUCCACUCCUCUGAUGAGAGUGAAGACGAGGGCGGAGAUGAAGACGACGACGACGAUGAGUGGGACGAGUGACGCAGAGGUUUUUUUUUUCCGUUUGUGCGGAUUUUGAAAUCCCGUGGAUGUGCAACGUGUUUAUUUUUGGUUUUUUUACGACAACUUUGAGACAAACUGUGUCGGUGGUUAAAUAAACACGUAAAUCGACAGGAAGUACAGCGAAGGACACGUUUAAGAGAGAAAUGUUUAUAUAUUUGUUCAAACAUUUCCAGUGUAGGGUUGAUCACAGCACACAGCACUGUGUUACUCACAACGAUGGUGAAUGGUGGCUCUGGCUGGAAAAAAAAAAGUCUCGUUCCUUGUGCUAUCAUUUUUUGAAAUAAGUAAAUACAGCUUAUGACAGAACACCAUCAAUCGAUACUAAAUCUGAGCCUGUUUCAUUCCCAUUUUUUUUGUUGUUUGUAAUAACAUACUGUACAUGAAAA